UGCUUCACCCAUCAACUGAAUUUUCUUGUGAGAGAAACGAUACAAGAAAGAUGCUUGCUGAGCCUGUUGUUUCCUUCCUAGUCGAAAGAUUCGGCAAUCAUCUCAUUCAAGAAGCUAUUUCCUUGAUUGGAUUACAUGAUCAAGUCCAAUGGAUUGAAGGAGAACUACAGUGGAUGCAGUCCUUCCUAAAAGAUGCAGAUGCAGAAAAACAAGGAAAUGAACGAGUGAAGAACUGGGUGCAGGACGUCCGCAGCAUUGCAUAUGAUAUGGAAGAUGUCAUCGAUGCCUUUCUCUUGAAUGUACAACCCCUAAGGCCACGAGGAUUCUUGUCUUCCCUCAACAGCUCUUGUUUCAUCCCCAGCAAGUUGAUAGCUCGCCAUAAGAUCGCUUCAAAUAUCAAACAUAUAAAGCUCAAAAUUGAUGACAUUUCCAAAAGAAGAACUACUUACGGCAUUGAAAGCAUUGGCGGAGGAGAAGAUAGGAGCUUUGCUGGUGAAAGCCUAGAAGAAUGGAGGCUCACUUCUCCUAAUGUUCAAGAGCCUGAUUUUGUUGGUUUUGAGAAGGAAUUGGAGGCAUUGGUCAUGCGGUUGAUUGGUGGAGAGCCGCGGCGUUGUGUUGUUUCUGUAGUGGGAAUGGGUGGUCUUGGUAAGACGACUCUUACUAAGAAACUUUAUAAUACUGAUAAUGUUAAGAAACAUUUCCAUUUACAUGCAUGGAUUUCUAUAUCACAAGAGUAUGGUAUGAGAGAUCUUUUGCAGGCCGUCGCAAAACGCUGUACGGAGCUCUCUGAAGAUGAGCUCGAGGGGAUUGAGAAAAUGAAUGUUGUGGAGUUGAGGGAGAAGAUUUCCGAGUAUCUGAAUAACAAGAGAUACUUGGUGGUAUUGGAUGAUGUGUGGAAAAGCGAAGCAUGGGAUGCUAUGAAGGAUGCAUUUCCAGAUGUGAGCAAUGGCAGUAGGGUCGUGCUCACCACACGAAAUAAAGACGUAGCUUUAUAUGCAGAUGCACGAAGCCAGCCCCAUGAACUGCCAUUUCUAAACAGUGAAGAUAGCUGGAAAUUGUUUGGUAAGAAAACAUUUGCAGGACAAGAUGGGGGUUGCGCUCAGGAUUUGGAGGAGUUAGGAAGAGAGAUUGUGGGAAAAUGCCAUGGUCUGCCUCUUGCGAUUGUAGUCAUUGGAGGGCUCUUAUCCAGAAAAGAACCAAGGGAGUGGGAGAAUGUAUGCAAGAGCAUUAGCUGGCAAUUUGCCGAAGGACAACCCCAAAUCUCUAGAAUAUUAUCUUUGAGCUAUCAAGAUCUGCCCUAUUACUUAAAACCAUGUUUUCUCUACUUGGGCAUUUUUCCUGAAGACUAUGCCUUACCUGCCAAGAAACUGAUUCAAUUGUGGGCCGCAGAAGGGUUUUUGAAACCGAGAGGGGGCGAAAUGCUGGAGGAGGUUGGAGAAGAUUAUCUGAAAGAGUUGAUUCAAAGAAGUAUGAUCCAAAUUGCAGAAAGAAGUUCAAGCAAGGGUAUUAAAAGUUGCCAUAUUCACGAUCUUUUGCGGGAUCUUUCCAUAUCAAAAGCAAAGGAAGAGAAGUUUCUUCAAGUUCAUCAUGAGAGUGUGUAUGCUCCAUCCACAUCAACAGCCCGUCGACUUGCAAUUCACCAUAAUGCCUCAAGUGAGUUAUACACUUCCUUAAAAUCUUCCACUCCAUGCCUUCGAUCUUUAUUGAUCCAUAAUCAAGUUGAUCAGAGGCUCAGAAGGAAACAAGACAAGUUUCUUUGGAUAGGCUUUAAAUUGCUGAGGGUGUUAGAUAUACACAAUGUGGCAAUAGAGAAGCUACCGAGUGAGAUAGGUGCACUGAUCCACUUGAGAUAUCUCAGCUGUACGAACACUUGGUUAAAAAGGCUCCCAUCAUCGAUCGGCAAUCUUCACAAUUUACAAACACUAGUUGUAACAUCUUUUCAUAACAUCAAAGUACCAAGCACAAUAGGGAAGAUGAAACAGCUGAGACAUUUUCAUGUGAAGAGUGCAGGCAACAAGGCUUUUUAUGUUAGUUGGGGUGUGAUAGAAGGUUAUCCGCGACUCGACCGGAUUAACAAUCUCCACACUCUAAUGUGUGUAAAGGCUGGGAAAUGGAUGCAGAGUUGCUUGGGCAAGCUCACCAAUCUCAGAAAAUUAGGAAUAAAAUUAGAUAUGGAAGGAGAGUAUGAUGAUGUAUUUUUUGAAUCCAUUGUUAAACUGGACUGCCUCCAGUCCUUAUUCGUGACGGGAUACCAAUUCCGAUCGUUUGCCCAUUUUAAACAUCUUUUCAAGUUAUGUAAAUUGCGUUUGUAUGGUGAAUUAAAGAAGCAUCCCGAGUCUUGUGAAUUCCCACCAAACCUCACCAAGCUCACCUUGAGAGACUCCCAUUUAAGGCAAGACCCACUUGCUACGUUGGAGAAGCUGAAAAACCUUCGCAUUCUCAAAUUGCUGGAAUAUUCGUUCGUUGGAGUGGAAAUGGCGUGUUCUGCACAAGGGUUUCCUCGACUUGAAUACUUACUUCUUGAACGGUUAUAUCAAUUAGAGGAGUGGAGAGUGGAGGAAGGCUCGAUGCCAUGUCUUUUACAUUUACGGAUCAGUUACUGCCAACAAUUGAAGAAGCUUCCUGAAGAAAUUGGAGCUGCGGUACAUGUCCAAAGAAUUCAAUGAAUGGCUUGAAGAAGACGCAUUUUUUCUAUACCAACCGGGCUUGUGUCCUCACAUUGCAGUUCUCGCGGCAGCUGGUGCACAUAUCCUCUGUUCAUUCAGUCCGGGUCAGCAGAAUCAGUAUCUGGUUUUGAUAUUGCAGCCAAGCUUCCAUUCCUAUCAGUGUACUUCAGCGGCAGCUACCUGUCUUUGCUGCUCCCAGCGUGCGUGGAGCCCUUUUCAUCAAUAGAUUGAGCCUGCUCUGUUUUUUAAUGGGAGACCUGCUCUGUCCACUCAUGUUCUGCUGGUUCUCGAUCCUGAUGAUAGGAGGGUCUCUUAAAAGCGAGCCAUUCGACAGCGGGAUCCAGGCCCAUCAUCACAGGAUGCAGAGUAAAAUGCUGUGUGGAGAUUGCUAGGAGGAAGUGUUGUCUGUAGGCUUGUUUGCCUUUGGAGUUCCUGGUUUCUAUGCCUGCCUGUAUUUGUGGCUGAUGGAAUUGUUAUUUUCAUUGCUGUGUGGAUGGAAGAUCCGGUGCUUUGUGUUGCUGUUAUGUUUGGGGGAUUUCUAAUUUGUUUAAUGGGAGAUAUCAAGAGGUAGUUUGGGAGUUUGGUUCA